AUGUCACCGAUUACACGAAGUAAAACGAGUUCAAUCCGUUGGGGACAUCCAGAUUUUCCAACAUUUCAAGAUUUAGAAAAAGCAUAUAAAAUAGCAUAUCCAAGAAUUCAACAGGAUGCAAUGGAAUUAUUAGAGAUGAAGUUAGAUGAGCAAGAUAUUAGAAAUUUUUAUAAUCCAACGUCACCAGAAUAUUGGUUCAUAAACAAUACGGAAGCAUUGGAAGAAGUGGUUUAUUAUAAAAUGAAAAAGAGAUUGAUUUUACGUAAUAAAGAACAAUUGAUCGCGGCAGGUGUUGAUUUAUCGGAAUAUAGUGACACCGAAAGUGAAUUCGGUGGUGAAUUCCCAUCCAAUCUUGAAGAAUUUUUUGGGGAAGGCAGCAACUUUAGUGAGGAUCAAGUUGAAUCAAUUUUCUCAUCAAUCUCAAGUUCAAGAACUCCCCCAACUUCAUUAAGUCCUUUUCGAAGUUCUCAAGAAUCAAAAUUUAGAUUUACAUCAACCCUGAUGAAAAAGGAUGAAUCAAACACAACGGCGGUACUUGAUGGGUAUGAUGGUAAUAAUCUCAUUACUAAUCGUAGUCGUAACAUUCGAGAAGUGGCCAUGGUUCAUCAUUCACAUCAUCACGGAAGGGCACAAUUUGUUAACAAUGUAUUAAGUUCAAUUAAUUGUCAAUUUCCGAUGCAUUGGAUAACGAAUCUAACAACGAAGAACAUAGUAUUUUAUUUAUUUUGUUUUUUAUGUUCAAUCUCGAUGAUCGGAUAUUUAUUCGGAUUCAUAACAAAUAAUUCUCCGGAAUAUAUUUUAACUCAGCGUCAGAAAAACCUAAUUAAAGGUAAAUUACAGGGUACGGUGAAAGCUCAAGUACAGGAAUUUAUUGAUCAGGAAAUUUCUCGGGUAUCAAAAGGAUUAAUGGAGAAUACUGAUGAGGAUAAUGAUUUCAUUGGAUUCGUACGCACGCAAUUAAGUGAAGUGUUUCAAGAACAGUUGGAAAAAUUCAUGGACGUUGGAUCGGGAGCGGAUUUUGCCUUAUAUACCGGAGGGGCAAGGAUAAUCCAUAAAUUAACUUCAAAGAAUUAUGAAUUAAGACCAAAUAAGCCCUAUCAAAAAUUAUUGAGGUUAGGUGGAUUCGUCAAUAAUGUCAAGAGUAAAAAUCCCGAGAUCGUUAUUUCACCAAAUGUUAACGUGGGGGAAUGUUGGUGUUUUAAUGGUACAAAUGGACAAAUCACCAUUAAAUUAUCUAGAAGUAUCAUAUUCACUCAUAUCAUAUAUCAUCACAUUAGCAGAGAUGUCUCAAUUGAUCCUAUAUUAUCCGCUCCGAAAGAAUUUGAAUUAUGGGGUUUGCCAACAUCCAUUUCGAAGACGGGAGACAAUGAGAAUUCCCUGGAAAUAUUUAAGAAAGAUUAUAAAGUUUUUCUUGGAAAAUUUCAAUAUGAUAUUAACGGUCUACCCAAGCAAAAAUUUAUUUUACCUGAUUCCAUUGCCAAAUCCCAAUCAAAUAAACGUAUCAGUGCUAUCAUGAUGAAAGUUCUCAACAAUCAUGAGAACCCUCAAUUCACUUGUUUAUAUCGUCUACAAGUUCACGGCGCUAUGCCUCAUUAA